AUGGAUCGGCUGAAGACGAAGCGGAGGGUUCGACGGAGCCAGAACACGAAGAUAAUUACCGAUAUCAUGACUGCGCUCCAGUCAACAACCCUUGACAUCAACUCCCUGAAGAACCUACGAGACAGGCUGAUCGCCAGCAACGAGGAACUCCGCAAGGUCAACGAAGAGAUUGAGCCGCUGAUCACCGAUGCCGACCUCGAAGCGGACUAUGUUGCUGUGGCAGACUACGAAGAUCAAGUAGCAAGAGCCCUCAGUGAGGUACGCAACAAAAUCGAGCGUCAACCGGCAGCACCAGCCAUUUACCAGGUGGGAGACGUCGGUGACAGAGUCAUACCCCUGGCCACGGGCGUGAAACUCCCUAAACUACAACUACUGCAGUAUCAAGGUGAGCUUACCCUCUGGCAGCCCUUCUGGGAGCAAUUCCAAACUGCCGUUCACCGUAACACCAGACUCACGGAGGGAGACAAAUUCCAAUAUCUACGCUCCCUGCUAAGUGGGCCAGCUGCCAAUGCUAUCUCCGGGCUACAAGCAACGGCAGAGUGCUACAAGGACGCCAUAGAAAUACUAUCCGAACGCUUCGGGAGCAAGCAACGCAUUCAGCGUGAGUACCUCGAAAGACUGCGAAGCCUACCAACGGUGAAGUCAGAUCGAGAUGUACGAGGACUAAGAAAUAUUUACGACCACGUCCAGACCAACAUUCGUGGCUUGCGUGCACUAGGCGUUUCGAGUGCAACGUAUUCUACUAUGAUGGUGGACGUACUCCUGUCCAACCUCCCAACCGAUAUAGUGGUGGAGUACCAUCGACUUUAA